UAAUGUUAUGUGUGUAACUGACUCCACUUUUCUCUCUCCUUUGUAACGCCCAACCGCACAUCGGCGGCUGUGUAUUCACAUGCCAGAGAGAGGGCCCAGGGCGAUUCAUUAUCGACGAGCUUGCGGAAAGCCUCCGAAUCCAUUCCAAUGAUGCCUCCGCACUCUAUCAAAUUGCCGCUGGAUCCAUUCUACUACCCACAACUUUAAUUUCUAUACAAUACAUGCUGCAUGAUCCCUGAUCUCUCUCUCUCAAUAACUAUUACUACAACACUCGUAUAUCUACAUUGUCCGUCGCAUCUGAUCUACCAUGUCUGAUCUCGUGGCCCGGACAGGUAGGCUUCAGCAGAGAUACGAAGCCGGGUAUCGCCUCAUCGCUGGGUGCAUUCCUUAUAGGUAUAGAAAGUCUGAAGAUAGUGAUGCUAACUCGAAUAAGGUAGUUGAGGUUCUCAUGAUAACCUCUGCUAGUGGACCAGGUCUUCUAUUUCCUAAGGGAGGAUGGGAGACUGAUGAAACUGUUGAAGAAGCUGCAGCAAGAGAAGCUAUGGAAGAAGCCGGAAUUAAAGGAGAUUUAAUGGGAUUGCUGGGGUAUUAUGAGUUUAAGAGCAGAACCCACCAAGACGAAUAUAACAAGGAAGGAUUAUGUAGAGCAUCAAUGUUUGCAUUACUAGUGAAGUCGGAGCUUGAGUCAUGGCCGGAGCAGAGUACUCGAAGGAGGACAUGGAUGACUGUAAAAGAAGCAGUGGAGAAUUGUCGACAUUCUUGGAUGAGAGAUGCUCUUCUCCAAGGAUUUGUCAAGUGGCAUGAUGAAAAAGCAUAAAGAAGAAAGAACAACCCUUCUUCUUCUUCCCCUGAUCAAACCAAACUACUGUUUGCUUCUUCUUCUUUAUUAGGGUAAAAAAACCAUUCACGUUUUCAUAUGAAUUAAGAUACUGUUGCUUCCUUCUUUAGGAUUAUGACAAAAUUAUUCAAUAUUUUAUAAUCCAUUUGGAUAGUUUUCAUUUUUCUGCUGCUUCUAGAAUUGAGAUGGAUGAAUAUUUAAGUGUUGUGGUAUAAUAAAAAGCAUAUAUAACACUAUUUUUAUGUGUU